AUGCUCGGUCGUAUUCUCGUACGUCAAAACACCACGGAAGAUAUCGCCACCAUACGCGACUACCAAGACCAGACUAUCCUCAAAACGAUUCCUCGUAAUCUAUCUCAGCCUUAUGCAGCACAAGCACCUAGACUAUCGCAUGAGCUCAUCGACACUUCAAACGCCACAAACAGAGUCACGGGCUAUCUCAACCUGCUAGCCAAGAUUGGACAAUUCAACCAACCCGACGUAUUAUCAGACCGGUACCGCGUAGCUUCCAAACUCGGUCUUGCCGGCAUUGCAGACGGAAUUUACACCCACCCUCGCACAGUCAACCUCACAGCUGCCACCAUCGCCGCAAACGCCAGCAUCGCUGCAGCCUACUCGCAAAACCUAAUCGACGUCGGCAACAACUGGGUCAUCCCCAAAAUAAAAUGCCAAGGCAUCUUCGGCCUCGAAUAUGGCUGUCGCGCCUACCGCGCACUCCGCGGUUAUCUGGGCCUCGUACAAUCCGAAAACCUCUUCAUCACGAACAAAUCGGACAAUUUGACCCUGGGCGCGACGGAGGCGUUUCUGUUCACAUUCUCGGGCAAGCCGCCGAUUAAGUCGACGGGCUUUUGGAGUUUGACUGUGUAUGGCGCGGACCAGUACUUGGUGCCUAAUGAGCUGGGUAGGUACGUUGUCGGGGACCGGAGCACGCAGUUGAAGUUUGAGGAUGGAGGGUUGGUGUAUGGUGAUGGCGCGAAUGGGACGGAGGAUGGUAGGUUUCAGGUCCUGUUGCAACCUGCUGAUGUUCCUCCACCGGAGAAUUGGACUAGCAACUGGCUUCCGGCCCCGGCGGGCGGUGGAAAGCUCCUGUACUCUGUACGGUUCUACUCACCAGCAGAAGCCUUCACAAAUGGCGAGUACGUUUUUCCAACUGUCGAAACUAUCGAUGCGAUCAAGGGAUAA